CUGUGUGUGCCCCCCCCCCCCCCCAACACCGAUGCUCAGCCUCGCCCGGCGCAGCCGCCGUCGCCCAACGUCGCCGAAGCGAAGCCAAGGCUGAGGGGGGGGCCUUGGGGGGGGGGUCCCCAAAACCCCUCGGCCAUGCCCGGAGAGGAGGCCUCCAGCAGCCCCCCGGGUCGCAGCCGGAGGCUCCUGGCCUCGCUCCCGGCCUCCAGCCUCUCUCGGGUUCGUCGGUGGCAGGCCUCCAACCUGGACCCCGACCUCUUCUUCACCGCCCCCUCCACCCCCGUGAGGACCGGGGGGGCUCGACCCCAAAAGGAGGAGGAUGAUGAAGAUGAGGAUGAAGAUGGGGGGGACGUGGGGAGCGAGGGGUUGGGCUCCCCCCCCACGUCCCCCUCCGGAUCCUAUAUGACGGCCGAGGGGGGCAGCUGGGGGUCUUCGGGCACCGCCAGCACCUCCCCGUCCUGCUCCCCAAAUCUCCUGGUUGAGGCCCCCGACGGCGAGGCCGGGCCUGCGGCCUUCACCCACCAGCUCCUCAUCCUCUCCUCUUCCUCCUCCUCCUCCUCCGAGGAUGAGGACGAGGACGAGGCCUCGGCGAGGCAGGAGGAGGAGGAUGAGGAAGAGGAGGAUGAGGAUGGGGGCAGUGGGAAGGCGUUGGGGGAUGAAGGCUCCCCCGGCGGCCUCAUCCCCGCGGCCUUGCUGCCUUUCCGCGGCAGCCUCCUCUUCGAGGCUGAGGCCGUGGAGAUCACUUUGGUGCCGGCCCAGCCGGCGGCCGAGCCCCUCUCCGAGGAGGAUGAGGAUGAAGAGGAAGAUGAGGAAGAGGAGGAUGAAGACGCCAGCACCUCGGCCUCCUUCCUCCGCUCGCUCUCCGAGACCUCCAUCAACGAGGGGGUGGACGAGUCCUUCGCCUUCCGCGACGACACCUCGGCCUCCUCCGACUCGGCCUCCUACGACGGCGAGGAGGACGAGCGGCUCUAUGGCACCGAGCGCCACGCCUUGGGGGGGCCGGGGGGUCGCCACCCCCUCCCCCCGGCCUCCGCCGGCACCCCCGGGGACCCCCAGCCUUCCUCAGGGGACAUCGAGCUCCAUCUGCGAGGCCGGGAGGAGAGGCCGUCGCCGGGGGGGGCCUCGAGGUGUGAGGCGGCCUCCGGGCCUCAAAUUUUGGAGGCUGCCGAAAAGGGGGAGCAAGAUGGUGCCCACCCGGCUGAGGAAGAGGAGGAGGUUGAGGAGGAUGAGAUGAAGAGGAUGAGGAAGAAGGAGGAGGAGGAGGUGGUGGAGGCCUCUGAGGUGGCCUCCGUUGAGGCUCCUGCCACAGAAGUCAACAUGGAGCCGAUGGGCGAGGCCUUCAGCCCCUCCUCAUCCUCCUCGGAGCCGGAGGAGGCCUCCACCCUGGAGCCUGAUGUCCUCCAAGAGCCCGACCCCGUCCCGGAGGAGCCACCCCAUAUGGAGGCCGCCAUCCCCACGGAGUCCCUGCCCUUGGAGGAGGCCGAGGAGGCGACACCAGAGGUGGUGGAGGCCCCGGAGGUGAUGGAGACCCAAAAAAUGGUGGAGGCCCAGGAGGUGGUGGAGGCCCAGGAGGUCCCAGAGGUGAUGGAGACCCCAGAAGUGGUGGAGGUCCCGGAGAUGGUGGAGACCCCAAAAGUGGUGGAGGUGGUGGAGGCCCUGGAGGUGACAGAGACCCCAAAAGUGGUGGAGGCCCACCCGGAGACCGACCCCGAUGCGGAUCUGGAGGCCACAGCCAGCGCCCCGCAGCCCCCCUGCGCCGGGGAGACCAAAGACCCCCAACCCCAUGACCACGAGGGGGACGCCCCCACCCUGCCCGCCACCAACGGCACCCACGAGGUUGAGGCCACGGCGGUGGUGGAGGCCCCGGAGCCUCCGUGCCCACCCCAAGAAGGUGACCCCGAGGCCGGCAGGACGGCCCCCACCCCAAAUGAGGACGCCCCCGAGCUGCAGGACGGGGUCACGGAGGAGACCCCGGAGCAGGAGGAGGCCGUUGAGGAGGUCGAGGCCCUUCAGGAGGACGGGGAGGCCGCGGGCAGCGAGUCCCCACCGCCGGGUGACGGUGACAGCGCCGCCACCGAGGAGCCGGGGGAUGAGGACGAGGGGGGGGAUGCGGAGGACCCCGAGGAAGCCUCCGGCGAGGACCUGGAGCCGGCCUCAAGCAAGGUGGAGGCCGAGUGGGACGCCACAGCCUCCUCUUCCUCAUCUUCCUCCUCCUCCUCCGAGGACUCCUCGCCCGAGCCCUUGGACACCUCGCGCUCCCGCACCGACUCCAGCUUCUUCACCGCCCCCGAGGACAGCGCGGGGGAAGGCCUCCAGCCUUCCUCCUCCUCCUCUUCCUCGCUGCCCCCCCGGCCCUGCAUGGCUCUCUGCCUCCUACCCCCGGCCUCCUCCACCCGGUUAUAUUGUCCCCCCCCCGGGUGUGUUGUCCCCCCCCCCCCACUGCAUUUUCCACCUUGCAGGAAUUUGGAGAACGUCCAGGGGGACAAAACGCCCGGCUUCAUCCCCGAGGUGCUGGCGCUGCUGCGGGGCUGUGCGAGCAAGCUGAGAAGCGGGCAGGAGGAGGGGGCGCAGCUGGAGAGCGUGAUGCUCUACGCCCUGCACCUCUGCGAGUGCCUCUUCGACCCCUACCAGACCUGGCGGCGGCAGCUGAGCGGGGAAGUCGUCAGCUCGCAGGAGAAGAGCAAGUACAAGUUCGCCCCCGCCGCUUUGCCCCCCGAGUUCGAUGCCUUCUUCCAAGAGAGCUUCCAGCCCGGCGGGCAGCUCCCCGACGAGCUCCAGCUCCGGGUCAUCCACCUCUUCGGGGCCAUCCUCUCCGGGUCCAAGCCCAACGCUCUGCGAGCCAUCACGCCGGCGGCGCUGGAGGUGCUCCUGGGGGUGCUCCGGAGAGGGGGCACGGGGCCGGCGCCGUGCCCGGGGCUGCUGGAGCUGACGCUGCGCGGCGUGGUGGCGGCGGUGCACGCGCUGCACGCCAGCAGCCCCGGCCCCGUGCCCCUGCGCUCGCUUCUGGACGGCUACUUCAAGGUGCUCAACGCCAACCCGACCUCGGUGACGCCGGCCGGAGACCUCAUCGCCCUGAGGGUGCAGAUGUUGGAUGCCAUCCCGGCCAUGCUGAGCUGCGAUGAUCGGCCGGUCCUGCAAGCCGUCUUCCUCAGCAACAACUGCUUCGAGCACAUCAUCCGCCUGCUGCAGAACAGCAAGCUCUACCUCAACAGCACGCAGGAGGCGGGUGAAGCCCAGGACAAGCUCCCCGUGCAGCCACCGACGGGCGGUGGGCUCCAGCAGGUUUUUGACGUCGGCUCCGAUGCCAUCGCGGUCCACGCUAUCGGGGUGCUCACGGCCAUCAUGAGCAACUCGCCCUCGGCCAAGGAGGUGUUCAAGGAACGCAUCGGCUAUGCCCACCUCUACGAGGUGCUGAGGAGCCAGGGCCAGCCCACCCAGCGCCUGCUCCAGGAGCUCCUCAACAUGGCGGUGGAAGGCGACCACAGCUCCUUCCCGGCUCUCCCCAUCCGCAACGAGCAGCCUCUGCUCCUGCUGCUGGCCUGGCUCCCCUCGCUGUCCUGCCGCGAGCUCCAACUCUUCCUCGCCGAGCGCCUGCGCCGCCUGUGCGAAGCCUCGCUGCCCGGCCGCCUCACCUGCGUCAAGGCGGGCAUGGUGGGCAGCCUGCUGGCCGCCCUGGCCGCCGAGCCCGCCCUGCCUCCCUCCUGCUCCGAAAAUCUGCUGGAGCUGCUGCGGGAGCUGGGCGGCCUCUCCAUUCGGCCCGGCGAGCUGCGGCAGCUGCUGCGGCUGCUGCGGCGCGAGCGGGGCCGGGGGGCGCAUCCCUACACGGCGCCGGUGCUGCGGGCGCUCUCGGGGAUGGCACGGGCUGAGGGACCCCCGCGAGCCUUGCAAUAUUUCGACCUGACCCCCGGCAUGGCUGGGAUCAUGGUGCCCGCUGUCCAAAAAUGGCCCGGCGGUGCCUUCGCCUUCCACGCUUGGCUCUGCCUCAGCGAGGAGGAGCCCGGCCCGCCGGCGAGGCCGAAGAGGAGGCAGCUCUACAGCUUCUUCACGGCCAGCGGGACGGGCUUCGAGGCUUUCUUCACCGCCGACGGCAUGCUGGUGGUGGCUGUCUGCACCAAGAAGGACUACAUGACGGUGGCGCUGCCAGAAGUGGCCUUCAACGACUCGGCCUGGCACUGCGUCGACAUCGUCCACGUCGCCGGCCGCCGGCCCUUCGGCCAGAACGUGGUCAGCAUCUACGCGGACGGGCACCUGCGGAAGACGGCGCAGCUCCGCUUCCCCUCCCUGCACGAGUCCUUCACCUCCUGCUGCAUCGGCUCGGCGGGGCACCGCACCACCACCACGGCCAUCGGCAGCAGCCACCCGCCGCCGUCCCACGGGCCGGAGCUGUCCUUCCCCCCGCACCCCGCUCUCUGCCGUUCACAAUCCUUCCCCGCCGCCCUGGGACCCCACGCCUGGACCCCUCUGCAGCCCCCCACCGAAGGGGUGGUGGCCACCACGGCGGCCGGCAGCCAGGACACCGAGUGGGGCACCCCCACGUCCCUCGAGGGCCACCUGGGCUCCGUGGCCAUCUUCUGCGAGGCGCUGCAGCAAACCCAGGUCAAGGCGCUCUUCUGCUCGGGUCCAAACGUGGCGUCCCCGUUUACGCUGGAGGGCGACCUGGUGGAGCUCAGCAGCAAACUCCUGCUCUACUACACCCCGCAGGCCUGCAGGAACAACAUCUGCCUGGACCUCUCUCCCAGUCACGGCCUGGACGGGAGGCUGACAGGGCACAAGGUGGUCAACUGGGACGUCAAGGACGUGGUCAACUGCGUGGGCGGGAUGGGCGUCCUGCUGCCCCUGCUCGAGCAAGUGGUGAGCAAGAAGGAGGAAGCCGAGGACGAGCAGGAGACCAACGACCUGGUGGGGCCAGAGCUGACGUCCUCCAGGAACGCCCAGGGCAUGCUGAUCCCCCUGGGCAGGUCCUCAGAGAGCAGGCUGGAGAGGAACAGCGUGGCCGCCUUCCUGCUGCUGGUGAAAAACUUCAUCCAGCACCACCCGGUGAACCAGGAGAGCCUGGUGCAGUGCCACGGGCCGGCCAUCAUCGGGGCACUCCUGCAGAAGGUCUCCGGCCCGCUGCUGGACAUGAGCACGCUGAUGGCCUCGCAGAUCCUGAUGGAGCAAGUGGCCUCCGAGGGCAGCGGGCUCCUGCUGCACCUCCUCUACCAGCACCUCCUCUUCGAUUUCCGCAUCUGGAGCAACAGCGACUUCGCCGUCCGCCUAGGUCACAUCCAGUACCUGGCCAACGUCGUCAAGGACCACAAGCAGCGCAUCCGCAAGAAGUACGGGGUGCAGUACGUCCUCGACUCCAUCCGGACCUACUACGGUGCCUCCAGGGAGAAGUCCACCACGACGGACGACAUCAAGACGGUGCAGACCUCCCUCUUCAGCCUGGUGAAGGACUUCUUCUGCCGGAGCUUCUCCGGGGAGGAGAUGCAGAGCUUGCUCAACUACGUGGCCGCGGCACAGGACGAGCAGCAGGUCUGCGGGGCGCUGGAGGUGAUCCACAGCCUGCUGAAGGGCUCGCCCGCCCAGGAGCAGCUCUUUGCCUUCCUCUUCGAGCCGGGCCACGUGGAGGUCCUCUUCUCGCUGCUGGUGCAGAAGAAGUUCUCGGAUGAAGUGCGGGAAAGGGUCUUCAAGAUCCUCUACAAGAUGCUGAAGUACGAGAAGGUCCCCGAGCGCUGCAAGAACCGCCUGAAGCUGAAGGACAUCGGGUACCAGGGGCUCAUCGCCUGCCUCAGCGACAUCCCCGGCUCCAUGCUGCUCUUCCGCUGCCUCUCGGAGCAGGUCCUGGGGGCAGAUCCUCCCAAUUAUAAGGACCUGGUGGCCGUGGUGUACCUGUCCCACCGGGCUGAGCUGACGGUCCGGCUCGAUAUCUGCCGCAAGCUUUUCCACUUGAUCUACGCGCAGCAGGACAUGGUGAAGCAGCUGGCGAGGCUGGCGGGCUGGCAGGACACGCUCACCAAGCUCUACGUCAAGGAAUCCUACGAGUCCCGCCAGCACAGCCUGAGCCUCUCGAGCAGCGGGGGCUGCCUGGAGCUCCUGCGCCUCUCCGAGCCCCCCGGCAGGGACGGAGGCACCGAGACGGGAGGGAAGGAGGCGGGGGGCUGCACGAGCCCCCCGCCCGCCGAGCUGCAGGAGCUGGACGUCUUCCUACCUCUGGGCUACGAGGCCUCGGACCAGGAGCUCUCCGAGGGCUUCUCCGACCACUCCACCUCACCGAGCGGCCGCACCAAGUCCUUCCACUCCUACAACUUCAAGUCCUUCGACUCCUCCGACCGCGCCAGCCGCUCGUCCUCCAACCCCGGCGACGUCCCCUUUGACGGCGUCUACCACCCGCUUUCUCCCUUCUCCACCUCGCCCUUCGACCUGGGGCUCGACCUGGCCAGCACCAGCUCCAUCGCCACGGCCGAAAGCGGCGCUCAGACGCCCGCCAGCGGCCCCGGCACCCCCUCGCCCCUGGAAAGCUUCAAACCCUUCCCGGGGAUGCGCACCCGCAAGAGCUCCAGCCUCUCCAACGUCCUGGAUGAGAGCAGCUACCAGGACGCCCUGCCCAGCGACAACGUCUCCAACACCAGCAACCCCCAGCAAACGCCCGAGGAGGAGCUGUGCAACCUCCUGACCAACAUCGUCUUCUCGGUGACGUGGCGCGGGGUGGAAGGUUGGGACGACGCGGCGUGGAGGGAGCGCGGGCAGGUUUUCUCCGUCCUCACCAAGCUGGGCACGGCUUGCGAGCUGGUGAGGCCCCCCGACGAGAUCAAGCGCAGCCUGCUGGAGAUGAUGCUGGAGUCGGCGCUGACGGAUCUGAAGGAGUCGGGGCCGGCCGCCCUGCCCGGCCUCACCCAAAAUGCUCUCAAGCUGCUGCGGCUGCUGCAGGAUUUCUUGUUCUCCGAGGGGCACAACAACCAGGCCCUGUGGAGCGAGAAGAUCUACGAGGGGGUGAGCGGCCUCCUGGACAAGCUGGGCGUCUGGUACCACCUGGCCAACGGCACCUCUGACCUGAAGGAGAUGGCCCAGACGGGGCUGCGCGUCCUGGUGGGCUACAUCAUGCUGCAGGACCCCCAGCUGCACUCGCUGGCCUACGUGAAGCUGCACAGCCUGCUGCAGACCGCCUCGGCCCCAAAAAAGGAUGAGGCUUGCUACCUUUUGGGCAAGCUGGAGACCCCGCUGCGACGCUCGCUGGAUGCCAAAUCGGAGACUUUCUCCUGGCUGGUGCCCAUCGUGCGCACGCUGAUGGACCAGUGCUACGAGACCCUACAGCUGCAGCUCUUCCUGCCCUCGCUGCCCCCCACCAACGGCAGCCCCACCUUCUACGAGGACUUCCAGCUCUUCUGCAGCACCCCCGAGUGGAGGAGCUUCAUCGAGAAGCACGUGCAGCCCACCAUGGCCCAGUUUGAGAUGGACACGUUCGCCAGGAGCCACGACCACAUGUCCAACUUCUGGAACGCCUGCUACGAUGCCAUGAUGAGCAGCUCCCUGCGGCGGGAGCGGGACAAGGCGGACAGCAGGAAGAUGUUCCAGGAUCUGGUUCUGGAGCCGGCGGCGAAACGCGCCAAGGCCGAAAACGCCCGGCACGCCAACGUGCUGAAGCAAGCCAACAACCACCAGAGCACCGUGCUGAAGCAGUGGCGCUCCCUCUGCCGCCUCCUCACCUCGCCCCGCUCCGCCUGGGCUGAUCGGAACCCACCUGAGGUUCGCUGGAAGCUCUCAAGCGCCGAGACCUACUCGAGGAUGAGGCUGAAGCUGGUGCCCAACCUGAAUUUUGACCAGCACUUGGAGGCCAGCGCCCUGCGGGACAACCUGGGAGCUGAUAACCUCCACAACCCCGCUGAAUCCCUCCCGCUCGCCAUGGCCAAGGAGGCCAAGGUGAGCGAGCUGGAGGACGACCAGCUGGCCGAGGAGGACCUCCCCGUCCUGGACACGCAGGCCGAGCCCAAGGAGCAGAACCAGCGGGAGAAGCUGGUGGUCUCGGAGGACUGCGAGCUCAUCACCACGGUGGCCGUUGUCCCUGGCCGCCUGGAGGUGACAACCCAACACGUCUACUUCUACGACGGGAGCAGCGAGAAGGAGGAGACGGAGGGAGGGAUCGGCUACGACUUCAAGCGCCCCUUGUCCCACCUGCGUGAGGUCCACCUGCGCCGCUACAACCUGCGCCGCUCCGCGCUCGAGCUCUUCUUCAUCGACCAGGCCAACUACUUCCUCAACUUCAAGAAGAAGGUGAGGAAUAAGGUUUAUUCCUGCAUCCUGGGGCUGAGGCCCCCCAGCCAGAUCUACUUCGGCAGCCGCUCGCCCCAGGAGCUGCUGAAAGCCUCGGGGCUCACCCAGAAAUGGGUUCUGCGGGAGAUCUCCAACUUUGAGUACCUCAUGCAGCUGAACACGAUCGCGGGGCGUACCUACAACGACCUCUCGCAGUACCCGGUGUUCCCGUGGAUCCUGCGGGAUUACGUCUCGGAGACCCUCGACCUCACCGACCCGGCCGUGUUUCGGGAUCUCUCCAAGCCCAUCGGGGUGGCCAACGAGAAGCACGCGCGGGACGUGAAGGAGAAGUACGAGAGCUUUGAGGACCCCACGGGCACCGUGGACAAGUUUCACUACGGCACGCACUACUCCAACGCGGCGGGCGUCAUGCACUACCUGAUCCGCACCGAGCCCUUCACCACGCUGCACAUCCAGCUGCAGAGCGGACGGUUCGACUGCUCGGACCGGCAGUUCCACUCGGUGCCGGCGGCGUGGCAAGCCCGCAUGGAAAACCCUGUGGACGUCAAGGAGCUCAUCCCCGAGUUCUUCUACUUCCCCGAGUUCCUGGAGAACCAGAACGGCUUCGACUUGGGCUGCCUGCAGAUCUCCAACGAGAAGGUGAACGACGUGGUGCUGCCACGGUGGGCGCGCUCCCGUGAGGACUUCAUCUACCAGCACCGCAAAGCCCUGGAGUCGGAGUACGUCUCGGCGCACCUCCACGAGUGGAUCGACCUCAUUUUCGGGUACAAGCAGCGAGGCCCGGCCGCCGUGGAGGCCCUCAACGUCUUCUACUACUGCACCUACGAGGGCGCCGUGGACCUGGACGCCAUCGCCGACGAGACGCAGAGGAAAGCUUUGGAGGGCAUCAUCAGCAACUUCGGGCAGACGCCCUGCCAGCUGCUCAAGGAGCCCCAUCCCGCCCGGCUGUCGGCCGAGAGCGCAGCCCGGAGGCUGGCCCGCCUGGACACCCGCCCGCCCAACGUCUUCGAGAACCUGGACCAGCUCAAGUCCUUCUUCGUGGAGGGCAUCAGCGACGGCGUGGCCUUGGUGCAAGCCGUGGUCCCCAAAAACCAGGCGCACUCCUUCAUCACUCAGGGAUCCCCCGACGUCCUGGUCACCGUGAGUGCCAACGGCCUGCUGGGGACCCACAACUGGCUGCCCUACGACAAGAACAUCUCCAACUACUUCAGCUUCACCAAAGACCCCACCGUCUCCAACGCCAAGACCCAGCGCUUCCUGCAGGGCCCCUUCGCCCCCGGCGCGGACCUGUGCUCCCGCACGCUGGCCGUGUCCCCCGAUGGGAAGCUGCUCUUCAGCGGGGGACACUGGGACAACAGCCUGCGUGUCACCUCCCUGGGCAAAGGGAAGGUCGUUGGGCACAUCACCCGGCACAUAGAUGUUGUCACCUGCCUGGCGCUCGACCUGUGUGGCAUCUACCUCAUUUCUGGCUCCCGGGACACCACCUGCAUGGUGUGGCAGGUCCUGCAGCAGGGCGGGUUCUCCAGCGGCUUGGCCCCCAAGCCCGUCCAGGUCCUGUACGGCCACGACGACGAGGUGACGUGCGUGGCCAUCAGCACCGAGCUGGACAUGGCCGUGUCGGGCUCCAAGGACGGCACCAUCAUCAUCCACACCAUCCGCCGGGGCCUCUUCAUGAAAUCCCUGCGGCCGCCCGCGGAGAGCUCGCUGCCCGCCGCCGUCACCCACCUGGCCGUGGGGCCCGAGGGGCAAAUCGUCACCCAGACGGCCGUGGGCGAGCGCGCCUCCCUCAAGGACAAAUUCGCCCUGCACCUCUACUCGGUGAACGGGAAGCACCUCGCCUCCGUCCCUCUGGACCAGGAGGUGACAGCCAUGUGUGUGACGGAGGAAUUCGUGGUGCUGGGGACCAUGCAGUGCGGGCUGGAGAUCCGUGACCUCCAGAGCCUCCGGGCGGCGAUGCCCCCCGUGCCCAUGCGGGUGCCCGUGCACAGCGUGUCGGUGACCAAGGAGAAGAGCCACAUCCUGGUGGGGCUGGAGGACGGCAAGCUGAUCGUGGUGGGGGCCGGGCAGCCCGCCGAGGUGCGUCCGGGCCAGUUCCACCGGCGGCUGUGGCGCUCCACGCGCCGCAUCUCGCAGGUUUCGGCUGGCGAGACGGAGUACAACCCCAACGAGGGCAGGUCCUAGGCUGCCACCCCACACCCGGCCCCGCUGGGCUUCCCGCAGCUCCCGGCCCCUCCUGGGGGGCACGGCGAUAAAGGGGGGGACCCCGUGACCCCCCCACAUCAGCGCCCCGAGCCCCUGGCGAGCCGGGGGGCGAGGAGAGGAGGGGUGAGCCCCGAGCUCCCCGCAGCCGGGGCUGCGUGCUCGGCCCCUCGCCGUGGCCUUAUUCAGCCCCCCCUCUGGGCUGGGGGGACAGCAGUGGGAUGAGGGGGGCGAGGAGGUGCCCGGGGGGGACCCCUCGCUGGGAAGGGGGGGGUGCUGUGUGUCCCCCCCCCACCAUGCCCGCUGGCCAGGAGCCGGCUGCCCCCUUCCCCGACUGUUUUUUUUCUAUCGAUUUCUAGCUCUUUUACAAAAAAAAAAAGAAAAAAAAAAAGAAAAAAAAGAAAAGAAAGAAUAAUAAUAUAUCUAUCUAUAAAAAAUAAACGUGCACAAGGCCCUUGUC